AUGUCGGAUAUAUUGACGAAUGCACCUCAAGACGACAAAUACACCACAAUUAAAGACAGGUUAAUUGCUUUGUUCGCAGACGCGGAAACUCAAAAGCUGUUAACCGAAGUCGAUUUGGGUGAUAAAGAACCUUCUCAGCUAUUAUGUGAAAUGAAAAAUUUGGCGACUGAUAAAGUGACUGAACAAUUUCUUAAAACAAUUUGGCUUCAAAGAUUGCCCUUAGAAAUAAGAAGCAUUUUAUCAAUCAGUAACGAUGAUCUAUCAAAAUUGGCGACAAUGGCCGAUAAAAUGUGGGAAAUGAAAACAACAUCGUUUCAGAGUGCCGCAAUUGCGAGUCAGAAUAAUGACAAUGUUGUAGUUAAACUACAGGAAAAAAUUUCGGAACAACCGCUACAAGUCAGCGAACUAAACAAAUGGCAGUACUAUGAAGAAUCACGCUAUAGAUCCCGCGCUAGAAGUAUUUCUUGUAAUAGGCGUAAUAAUUUCGAGCACAGUACAUGUUAUUAUCACUCGAAGUUUGGCGACAAAGCUUUCAAAUGCAAUAAACCUUGCGAUUUGCAUAACAAGAGAGAUCGCCAACCACAGGAAAACUAG